ACUAUAAUUUAUAAUACAUUCAGCCAAAGAACACUAUUCAAACACUAAGAUGUUAGCGCCAGCCAAAUACAGCGUCAUGUCCCGCCUGCCUAUUAUUUCCGUAAUUAUAUUGGCCUGCUUACCAGCUGUUAUAGAAGGCCGUUCCCGCGACAAAGAAGGCCGAAGACGCAAUGAUCGCAUUUCAUCGGGUUCUGCGACCUUAACAAAUCAAUACAAUGUCUAUGGUACGGGGAUAUCUUCGGCAUCUUUCGCUUCGUCUGUUUAUUCCACCUCCUUUAAUGGUCCAAUGGAUACUACCGGUUUUUGUACAAGACGUCGCGACAUGAAGCUAAUGUGUUAUUGCACACCCGAUGAAAAUCACGUUCCGGUACAAAAAGCUGAAUGCUGGGUUUUCUCUGAUGGCUUGUUAUUAAAUGACACUACUUGGACCAGAUUUUAUCAGCAAAGACGUUUACGUGAUUUAAAAUUUGUUAUACAAAAUCAUGGACGUUUAGAUUAUAUACCCACCAUGAUAUUGGAACCGUUGCAAAAUUUAACAAGCAUUAGCAUUGAAUACUCGCAAGUCGAAAUUGUUAAGAGUUACGCUUUUGCUAACUUGCCUCAAAUGGAACGUAUUGUAUUGACAAAUAAUCAGAUAGUAGCUUUGGAUCAGGAGGCUUUUGCUAACCAUAUACGUCUGCGUGACCUGAAUUUGGAGCAUAAUCAAAUCUUUGAAAUUGAUCGUAACGCUUUUCGCAACUUACCACUAUGCGAGAGAAUAUUCCUGAACAACAAUAAUAUAUCGAAUUUACAUGACGGCCUCUUUAUGGACUUAGGCCGCUUGAUAUUUUUGAAUUUGGCCUAUAAUCAAAUAUCUGUCUUAACUAGUGAAAUUUUCAAGGGCCUUGGCAACUUAAACGUUCUCAAGUUGACGCACAACAAUAUCAAUUUUAUUGGCGAUACGGUAUUUGCGGAGCUAUGGAGUUUAACAGAACUGGAAUUGGAUGACAACCGUAUUGAGCGUAUUUCCGAACGUGCUCUCGACGGUCUAAACAAUUUGAAAACAUUAAAUUUGCGCAAUAAUCUAUUGAAGAAGCUCGACAACGGUCUUUUGCGUGGCACACCUGCUUUACUUUCGAUUAAUGUACAAAGCAAUGACUUGGAGACAUUAACAUUUUAUACAUUUCAACCAAUUAUGGACAAUUUGGUUAAUAGCAGCAGCGAACUCCUGGUGUCCGAUAACAAUUUCAUUUGUGAUUGUCGCCUGCAGUGGCUGUAUGAAUUGAAAAAUCGUACGCGUCACCAGCAAUUGCGUGACUCUCUGGAAGAGUUUGUGUGCACUCUGCAAGAACCGCAUCUCUACAAUUUCAUUGAGCCGGUACCGACGCAUAUAUUGGAUCUGUUAAAUAUAGGUGGUCUGGGCGGCUUGAGCGGUAUCAGUAGUGAUAAAUUUGUGAUGAAUGUGGCCAAUAAUAGGAAACGAAUGUCGAAAACACGUCCACUUUUAAGCAAUCAAAGACGUAACACAAACAAUCAAGUUGAUGGACAAAUGCAAUUAACAGAUGAUCAUUUGGAAGGGCACAAGCAUGCAGUCAGUUUGAAACGGAAGCGUGCUCUUAGUUCGGUGUCACAAUAUCAAGGUGUCGGCUUGGACGCAAGUAGCAGUACAAGCAGCAGCAGCAGCAGCAGCAGUAGCAGUAGCAGUGGCAGCAGUGGCAGCAGCAUUGCGAGUGGUAACAAUAAAGCUACUAUCGAAAGUCAUUAUAUAUUUGGAGGAACAGAUAAUGGCAAUGGUCCCCACGAUUACUACGACGAUGCGCUUCGAAUGGGAGAUGAAUUGCAGCUGAUCAGCAAACAAAAUUCUUUAUUCCAGCAGCAUGACAAUGAUGUCUUAAAUGCUAAUCAUGAAAAUCAAGUAGACAACAUUGAUAUGUUGCCUAAGCAACCGUUGGGCUUCAAGGUGCGUUUAUUCAUUUUGAAGCCUGCAUUAUUACCCUGCCAUGAUGAGCUAAGUGAUCCCACAGAGUUGCCGUUGUCGCGCGACCUUAUGGACGCACGUAGUAGUAAUGUGCAAAUUUUGCCAGUCGGUGCGGCAGCAACAAUCUCUGUAAAUUUUCAUCUUUUACUGCUGUUACUUGCUAUAGUUUGCGGUACACAGGUAGGUUAAGUUUACAGAUAUCAUAACAAACUAGCACGUGGCCAUAUUUAAGUAUUUAUUUUAAAUUUAAGCCAAACGGUUAGAUUUUAAUUUAAUACGCAACAAUGCAACAUUUCAU